AUAGAGAAAAUAUUCAUGAGUGGAGCAAUUUGUCACAUCUUCGUCUUGUGUAUCCGCAGUUCAAUAGACAUCUCUCGCCUGCCGUCCCCCACGACCGGAGUGUCGGCUGUAGAAUCCCUCUCAUCUAACCUGAACAUGAGGCGUCACGCAGAGCGAGACCUGCGCUCGUCCAGGGAGGUGUUCUACGUGACCCGCCCACCUCUGGCCCGGUCCAGCCCGGCGUACUGCACCAGCAGCUCGGACAUCACAGAACCAGAUCCAAAGGUCCACAGCGUCAACAAAAGCGUGUCCAUGAUGGACCUUCAGGACUCUCGCAUGAACAGCAUCUCCAACCUGAAUUCGGUGGGAGACAUGCUCACCUCCUCUCAGGCCUCCAUCGCCGGUCUUGGCCACAGCUUCGGGAACCUCGGCGGCCCUCUCCGUAUGGGAGGCCACCUGCCAGCGGGUUCGGCGGGCUCCGGGCUGAGACUGAGCCAGAUGGGCCACGUAGGGGGGCCCACCGAAUCCAUCUCUCAGCAACAGCAGCAGGCGGCAGCGGCCAUGCACUUCCCCCUGUCUUUCCAGAACCCGCUAUUCCAUCUGGCUGCCCAGAACUCCCCAGCUCAGUCCCAGCAGCCUCCCCCUCCCCUCCUCCUCGCCCCCGAGCCUGAGAAUGGCCACCACGACUAUCAGCCGGCCUUUGGCAACAGCGCUUUCUCCCGCAGCGAGGACUUGUCCGCCCUGCGGUCACAGAGCAGUCUGGUGCAGCCCAGCAUUGUCCACUCACACAGCUACAGCGAUGACUUCACCCGGCAGAAUCAGAGCAACGACUACGCCUGGCACCAGCUGUCCCUGCAGGUGCAGGAGUCUCUCCAGCAGCAGCACCUGAUGGGAGUAGCAUCUCAGACAGGCACCGGUACAGGAACUCCUGCUUCUUUGGCCACACCUCCAACAACGGUCCACCCCGUCCGCCAGACGUCCAUCGCCCCGCAGCACCUCAAGUCCCAACGCUCCAUCAACACCGCCACGCCUCCGAAGGUCCGUCCGCAGAGCAGGAACCUCCUCCUCGACUCUUCUGACACAAACCUACAUGGCAGUCAGCCGAAAUCACGCCAAGCUCAGCAGCCGUCGCAACAACAGCAGCAGCAGCAGCAACAGCAGCAGCAGCAGGCCCAGCAGCAGCAGGACGGCCAGCUGUCGGUGACAGACAGUCCAGCUCCUGGCCUCCCCUACCAGACGAGCUCCACCAAAGAGAACCAGGGUCCGCCUGCAGCUGCAGAGGAGUCCACGGACACACCCACGAAAAGCACCAAGAAGCCUCAGUCACAACUGCAGCCACCGCAGCAGCAUCUGCUCAAGCCAGUUGUCAAUAAACAGGGUUCUCAGUCGACCUUGAGCACUACGGCGAUGAACGAGCGGACGGUCGCCUGGGUGUCCAACAUGCCACAUCUCUCUGCAGACAUCGAGAGCCUGCGGCCGGACCGCGAGGGUCAGCUGAAAGAGUACUCCAAGAGUAUGGAUGAGUCACGACUAGAGAGGGUAAGAGAGUACGAAGAAGAAAUUCAUUCCUUGAAGGAGCGGCUGAAGAUGUCUCACCGCAAACUUGAAGAAUACGAGCAGAGACUCCUGACGCAGGAGCAGCAGACCAACAAGAUCCUGCAGCAGUAUCAGAACCGUCUGGACGACAGCGAGCGCCGCCUCAAGCAGCAGCAGUUGGAGAAGGACUCCCAAAUUAAAGGCAUCAUCAACAGACUCAUGGCUGUGGAAGAUGAGCUGAGAGGGGGUGCCAUUCCUGAUAUUAAGCCUCGAAUCCUCACAGACCAGUCUAUCAGCCAGGUCUAUGGUGGCCACCCAGGAUCCUGACUGCCAGUUCCAAAGUGACCAGAGUUCAUGAUGGUCACUCGUGUGUGAGAAGACUGAUUCGAGUGCUCCUACAAAACCCCAUCAAGACAAAGCUCUGCAGUGGAUCCAGCAGGACUACUGGAGGCAUCAUCUCACCGCAUUCUCAAAAAGACUUUGCACAUAUUUAAACUUAGCCUGUACCAGAACUUGACAAUCAGCUUAGCGUGAGAACCAACGUGUGCAGCCAAUCUUCUGCACAGGUUGGCUGAAAUAUAAGCCAGUGCCACAACAAUGGCAAUACUGCACCUAUUGAGUUUCUUUAUUUAAUUGGAAAAAGCGAGAAGAGGCGUGUAAAACACUGGGGACGAAGAUGGAUCCAUGAUUUUCUCUGCUGCAAGCAGCGCUUUUAGGUGGCUGCAGACAAAAUGUAAAAAAUGCUUUUGACACAAGCACAAUAUCCCUUCAGGCCGACGCCUGUGACAAGCAACAAGCAUGUCGUUAAAUCAUUUGCCAUCUCUGAUCCUCAGAUGUGGGGCCCAAGCAAAGACCUAUUGUACUAUUUGGCUCUGAUGAAAUCAUCCAGCAACAUAUUCUCAUUGCAGAGAUAUUUUCACUUACGAAGGUGGUUAUCGUUAUGAUUUUUACAUCCUUUAUAGUGCAGCCAUUCCAUCUGAAAAGAUGCCAAACGAGUCCUACAAUCAGCUUAUGACUGCUUUAAGUACAAUCUGAAUCCUCUUGUUGGUUUCCUUCAGCACACGGUGUAGAGCCUUGACUUUGGAUGUAUAGAAAAAGUAUUUCUUAAAACUACAAAAUCUUUUUAAGAAUGGUAAUACUUUACAAAAAUUAUCCAAGAUUAAAAUGUGUUUUUGUUCAUUUUGUAAUAAUAUUAAUGAUGAGUAAUUAUCAUGAUAAAAUAUAUAUAGAACAUUUCAAAACUGUGAUACAAAGUGCUUCAGAGGUAACAUGAAGACCUGAAAUGGAGGAAAAAUUGUGGCAAAAUUUUUCAUUUUACUCAGCGUGGGACUAAAUGUACUGAAAUACUGAGACUAUCAUGUCACAGUGACUUGGUCCUGGAGACCAGAAUGUCUGUGUUAUGGACUGUAGUGUUUAUUUUGGGAGAUGUGAGUGUUUUCCAUUCAAAAUUGUUAUCAUUAUGGGAAGCUUAAUCUGUGCCAGAUGGGACUGAAAACCUAUGAAGUUUGCUGUAAUGGUGCCACCAUUUUUAAGGAACAUCACACUUUUACUUAAAUUUCAUGUUACUUAGGUGAUGCUUUCAUAAAUUCCUCAAAGAAUAAUAAUAGUUCCAGCUUCUCAAUUAAAAACUAAUUAGCAAUUAUUUAAGAAAACAAGCAGGUUCAGAGUGAAAAUGGUUGCUAUUUGCAGACGGUGUUGGUCAUAAAGGCAGCCUAAACCAGCAAAGCCUCAAAAGUAAUAAAUGAACUUGAAAUUAAAAGGUCUUUUAGCGUUUUUAUGUUAGUUUCACUGUACAGCACUUUGUAACACUGGUUUGAAAACGUUGGUAUAUACAUAAAUUUUAAUAACUUUGACUAUAAACAAAAUGUGCGCCUGGAAACAAAUCAUAUUCUAGCAAGUAGUGGAUUACUCAUCUGUUGUGUUUAACGUUUCUGAAGCAUAGAUGUGCAACAGUUCUGCAUGAGCUUUUUAAAUGCAAGGACGAGUAAGUCAAUUUUGCUGUCAGAUAUUAUACUAAUGUACAAAAGAAAAAGACAAAAAAAAAACAAAACUUUGACACGGCUUUCUUAUUGGAAGGCAUCUUUUUUUUUUAUCCGACCUGCUGACUCUUCCGUUUUUUUCAGAAGAGUGUGGCAUUCAGCCUUUUGCAUUAUACGACAUGAAAGAGGGAAAAAUGAGGAAAGAGACGGUGAAAACAACAAAACAAUAAGGAAAUCUACAAGCAGGGAUAAUGUAGUAUAUGUGCAUAGGAUUUGACUGCCUUACAGUCUGUGCCACAGAGCCCAAAAUAUCAAUGCCAAUACAUAAAAAAAACCUGUAAACUUUGUAAAAUAAAUGUCCUUUUUUUUGUAGUCAGGUGAUGAAUUAAUAAGCAGUGUGUUGGUUAACUCUGUACGUUAGUCAGAAUCAUUUACAUUACAAAUUUCAUGGUUGAUAUAAUUUAUCUUAACCUCUUGCCUUUAAAAAGACAUUUUCUUUCAAGAUAAAUAUCAAUGAUACAAAGUUAAAUGUUUAUGUUACCAGAAAUGUAUAAAAUAGCUUAAUGUAUAUCUAUUCUUAUAUGUAAAAUGUAUUCAAAUCAAGGGUAGGCCUUCAGGCAUGUUGAAGUUGUGGUUAAAAAAAACUGAUUCCUAUAGUAUUCUAACUCUUAAUGCUGCAAUCCAGAAACUACAGUGCUAUGGAGUGACUGCGUUCAUGGGAUGAGAGCUGAUUAAGUUCCCAGAAUAGCACAUUUCUGUUCCAGAUGAAAUAAUAUGACGAAUAUCUCUCUAAUAGCUCGCCUAUGUUGUGUAACCAAAAUAGCAGUGGUGCUUUCAACAAUGCUGGAUUGCAGUUUUAAGUCUUUUUAUUUAUUUUUUUUUGGAAACAUGCAUUUAUUUAUUUGGCCUGCAUUGCAAUACAGUAUUUUGAAAUGUUAUACCUGCACUUCGGUUUUUAUUUUACGAGAAGCUGCAAUCCAUAAUCUCUAUGAAAAAUGUUUUUAAAGACAUAAAAUAUAUAAUAUACCCAUGUGUUAUUGAACCUUUCUCUGUAUUAGCUGCAGUGGUACAGUGUGCUACCUCUGAAGUCACGCCCUUAUCACCCUUUUCUGUUGGAAUUAUCGGCUUUAUGCCAUGACCUGAGAGGAUGCUUUCUUACUUUUUAUUUAAGAGACAAUACUAACAAACGAGUUAGAAUUCUGCUUCAAACCAGACAGGAGAGUCAGGUAGAACUUUUGGUUGCUUGUUUAUUGCUAUUUUUUGGAUUUCCUGUGCACAGCGUUUGCAACCAUAGGGCCAAUUCUAAAGUUUGUCCUGUUUAAUAUUGUAUUUAAGUGCCGUUACCAUCACAGUCACUCGCUUUUAUUUAUGGGAUGGUUGUGUUCCAGGUAUUCGUCAGACUCUCAGGUGUUACAAGGAACACAGAGAUAACUUUUAAUAUCUUUAAAGCCAAAUGCAUAAAAAAUUGAAAACACAAAUGUUUUUGGCGAAUGAGCAUUAAAGCUAAAUGCUAAAUGCAACUGCUCUGUUUUUAUUUUGGUCGGCUCUUGGCCCUCAUCUCAUCCGUUUAUGGUUUCAUUUACACCUUCUCUUUUUUAUUAGUCGCUAUAUAACCUGAAUUUUCUGUUUUUUGGUCCAAAUGAAAAAUGUGACAAAUGUCCCACUGUAGUACAACUUGAUGAGUAAUAUUAUAGAAGAUAUUAUGAAAGAAGAGCUCUAUGUUUACAGAAUUAUCACAUUUUAAGACAAUGUAUGAACCUUUGUUGACCCAAGGGGGAAAAACUGCCGCUUUGCUGCAGCUAAAGCAGGACCUAAUAAAUGAAGUGAUAUAUAUCUUGUAUAUUAUAAAUAAGGGUAUUUAACAUCAAUCGACAUAUUUAUGUUUCUAAAAUAGAUGUAUAGCAUUUUGGAAUGAAACUAAAUAUUUUUCUUGGCAGCUAUUAUUCUGCACAAUUGACCUACUGUGUCACAAAUAUAUAUAGUUGGUGGGAUUUCUGACUUGAAUUAGGCCUACUGGAUGUAAUAACUUAAUUUACUUGAUAUUUCUUUUGAAAUAAGCCAUGCCCCAUUGAUAAGCCAUACCCUCCAGUCCCCUGAUGUUGUAUGGUGGAUGUUUAAUGUUGGUAGUUUUAUUUAUAAUGGUAGUUAUUGUAGGUAUGAUUGCGCUUGUAAUUAUUAUUAUUAGUGUAAGUAUACUUGAUUGAUAUGAUUUGUUUUGUUUGAACAAAGGGAAUGUAUUCAUUUUUCAGGUGAUUUUUCUGAGUGAUUUAAAUAAAUUAAUAAAUCUCUAA